AUGGCAAAAGAUGAUGGUAUUCUGUAUCUUGGUACAUGUGGACCAAUUUAUGUAGAAAAUGAAACCAACGUUCAAUAUACUUCUGAUGGUUUAUUUCCAUUCUAUCGUGGUAUACAUUAUUGUACGCAUGCAAUAGCUUACACGAAAUGGCGUUCAAGAACAAUAUGGGGAGCAUUCGCCUCAUAUAUGUUCUUGCACAAUGAAGUCGGUGUUGAUACAAUAGCUCGUCAAUGGCAGUAUCGUUCGAAAACUUUUCCGCGAUGUGCCGCUGCGAAUAUACAAUGGCCAAUUUUCUCCAAUCAUUACGGAUUUUUCUUCCAAGAUAGACGCGCAUUUUGGUCAACAAUACAGUAA